CAGUAAUAUGAAACCAGUCUUGUUGCUUUGUGUUCACCGGCUGAAAUCUGCAUUUCUGACGAAAUCUGCAGCAAAGAGGAAGAGUGGAUUUUUUUUAUUCAGCUUGAAGGGCACUGUGUUCAGUUAGCUGGGGCUUUUCAACAGUUGGAAUUUGCCAGAAGUUGAAAGACGGCAUGUUUUUGCUGAAGAUUCUGAAACAUUUCUAUCAGGAUUUUCCAGCUUUCUAAUACUUAUUCUCUAUGAAGCUUUUGCUAAAAAGAGCAUUUCACCACAGUGGGAAAGCUUACAAGAAACUUUCAGGAGUGUUCUGCUGACAAAUAUUUUUGAUUCCUGGGACGGCAUCAGGAAGUAACAAACUGCAAGUACCAGCUGUUCAAUACUAAAAAAAAAUCUGUCAUUUUGUUAAAUACUUUCUAGUAAGUAAAUGACUAUGUGGAACCAACCGAAAAGUAGGAAUUAGUACAGUGGUUGUUCAUAUUUUCAGCUGAUUAGUUUGCAGCAGAUUUGCCUUGACAAAAAAGGCCCAUUGUGUAAAGAAUAAAUAGUGCCGGUGCUGAGAAAGUGUAAUGCUGUACACAGGAUACAAAAUCUCCACUUUUCUCCUUUGUAACAUUUGGCAGAAAUUUGUGUUUUAGACCACAUCACAGGUCUGAAAAUGUACACUCAAGAGUAGUGUGUGAUCAGAGGGAACUGCCUCCUUAUGUUGUGAACUAGACAGUGUGACAGAUAUUGCCUUGGAAUCAUCAUAUUGAAAUGAAUUAAUAUAUGUGCAAGCAUCCUAUGUGUUACUGUGAUUUGCCCAACAUGGAAGCGAAUCAACUUUCUGAAAGCAACUCGCUCUCAGAUCUAGGGAGUGUGACAGAUGCUGAAGCAGGCCAAAACCUCUUCACUAAAUUUUCUAUGAAAACACUUUUUGGAUUUACAGCUAAAUUGGAAUCAGGAACUUCAAAAGAGCAAGCAGUUCUUACAAGAUUUCAAAAUGACAUUGAAAAUAUCAAUGAUGGUUUCACCAGCCAUACUGACAACCAAGAAGUGGGGAGCAGUAUCAAUGGAGAUGAUGAUUCAGAUAUAGUUCAUGUGCUUCCAGACAUGUCAGAGGUUGAAAGAACAAACUGUGCUCAGUCUGCUCCAGAGGCUGGUACUGGCAGAACAUCUGCCCUGGAGUCUGAUGCCAUUGCCCCAGUUGUCUCUGGAGUAGGUAAAUCCAGUGACCCAGGAAACUGUAAGAUUGAUGGUGUACCUGUUGACUCCAAAGUUAAUGUAAACAUCACCACUAGCCCAAGUGGGCACAAGACUGGUGCUUAUGAGCUGGCUGACUUGGAACAGCAAGCAAUGGAUCAGAGUGAGCCAUCACUUUCCAAUUCAGAAUUUCUACACUCUCCUUUGUCUGAAUUCAGCAAACAAGAUAACAAGGAAUCCAUUAUUGUUCAGGGUACUUUGGUUCAUACAACAAGUGACACAGAAUCAGACAAUGAGGCUACAGGCCCACAUACAAAUGAAAAUGUAAUAAACAAAUCUGUGCUAAACAGUGCUAUGUCUUUGGAGGAUAAUGACCAAAAUAAAGAAGAGGAAACAGGAGGAUACGGAGAUGCUAUUAGAAUUAUAAACGGAGAUAAAACAGAGAGAAAUCUACCAAGUUCUAAAUUGCCUUCUACAGAUAUGGAUGAUACACCACAGGACAUUUGUUCAGAUACAACGAACGUAACACCAGGGAAUAAGAUGAUUUCUCCCCCUGGUGCAGGGGAAGAUGCUCAGGAGACUGGAGAAGAACCCGGAUCUCUCACAAACAAUCACAGUGCUGAAUCCCUCCAAAAACAUGCUUCAAGUGACAAGACUUUUCAACUUCCUGCCUUUUUUAGUGGGUUACGUGUUCGCAAGAAAGGAUCAUCUACUGAACUGGAAGAAACUGUUACUGAAAUCAAGCAGAAGGACAGUGACUUAGCUAUGCUUAAAUUAAGACAGCCUGUUAAGAAGUCCCAUGUUGCACCUGAACUAAUUACUAAAAGAAAGCCAUCAGAGCCCAAGCCUUCUCCUACCUUUCUAGAACAGCUGUCUCAGCUCUUAGGACCUAGAACUGAAGAUAAAGAUUCUGGUGAGGUUAUAAGUGAAUCUGGAACUAGUGAUGAUAUCCAGGAAAGCAAAUCUUCUGUAAGAGUGGAAACCACCAGCCCUUCUGAAGAGGCUAAACCAAGCCCAGCUGAGUCUGCACUAGAUGCAUUUAAAGCUUUGUUCACACGUCCUCCCAAAAAAGAGACAACUGCUGACCCUUCAGAGCUGGAAGCAAUCAAACGCAAAAUGAGACAUGAAAAAGAAUCAUUGAAGGCUGUAUUUGAAAGGAAUACAUCAAAACCUGGUGACGGAGCAACUGACAUUAAACCAACUGAUGCAGUUUCCUCAGAACAGGAUGACAGAACUCCAGGAAGACUCCAGACUGUCUGGCCACCACCAAAAGCAAAGGAUGAAGAAGAAAAAGUAGGAUUAAAAUACACAGAAGCAGAAUAUCAUGCUGUUAUUUUGCAAUUAAAAAGAGAGCAUAAAGAUGAAGUUGAAAAAUUAAAGUCUGAAUUUGAGCUCAAAGUCUUUCAUAUCCGAGGAGAACAUGCUUCAUCAAUAGCAAAACUUGAGGAAGACAUUACAAAGUUGAAAAAUGAACUGGAAAAUAAAUUGUACAAAAGAACUGAGGAAACAAAGGAUGUCUGCAUAUCCACUGAGGAUGAUUUCCCUCCAAAGUUAUACAGAAAUGUCUGCAUACAAACAGACAGAGAAACCUUUAUAAAGCCAACUGAAGAUGAAAGCCGAACAGUCAAGAAUAACCAAAUAAUACCUAAGAAACUUUCUAUACCUUUUCUGAAUAAUAGUGCUUCUGGCUCAACCGAUCAUAAAGAAACAGGUGGUCAUGGCCUUGUCUCAGGGAAUGUUGCAUCUCAGUUUGAUCAAAGGUUGCCUCCUCCACCACCUCCUCCUCCACCACCACCUCUUCCACCUUUGCUAUCUGGUUCUGUCCCUCCACCACCAGCUUUACCACCAGGCUUGAGAACCACUCAUCCACCGCCACCCCCUCCACUUCCUGCACCUUUUGGAACUCAUCAGCCCCCACCGCCUCCUCCACCAGGGCCUCCUCCAUCAGGAGCAGGGCCUCUUCCUCCUCCACCACCACCACCUCUUGGAUCUAGUGUCUUCCUAUCAUCAAGUCAAGGUCCACGAAAACCUGCAGUUGAGCCCUCCUGUCCUAUGAAGCCACUUUAUUGGAACAGAAUACAAAUAAAAGACUGCAGCAAAAAAUCAGGGCCAACAUUAUGGGAAUCAUUAGAAGAACCCAACAUAUAUGAUACGAGUGAAUUUGAAUAUUUAUUCUCCAAAGAAACAGCUCAGGAAAAGAAAAAGCCGUUAUCAGAGUCAUUUGAAAAGAAAACAAAAGCCAAAAAGCUUAUCAAACUGUUGGAUGGAAAGAGAUCACAAGCUGUUGGAAUUUUAAUAUCCAGUUUACAUUUGGACAUGAAGGAUAUACAGCAAGCUAUACUAAAUGUGGAUGAUUCAAUAGUUGACCUAGAAACACUGGAAGCACUGUAUGAGAACAGGGCACAGAAGGAUGAACUGGAGAAAAUAAAGAAGCAUUAUGAAACUUCCAAAGAAGAAGAAGUAAAACUUCUAGACAAACCAGAACAGUUUUUAUAUGAGUUAUCUCAGAUCUCCAAUUUUGCAGAACGUACACGAUGUAUAAUUUUUCAGUCUGUCUUCAGUGAAGGGAUAACUGCAGUGCACCGUAAAGUUGGUAUUAUUAAUCAUGUUUCUAAGGAACUGCUGAGUACGAAAAGUGUGAAAGAUAUUUUAGGCUUGAUUCUAGCAUUUGGAAAUUACAUGAAUGGUGGAAACAGGACACGUGGUCAAGCAGAUGGAUUUGGUUUGGAAAUACUUCCCAAACUAAAAGAUGUUAAAAGUAGAGAUAGUGGUAUCAGUCUUGUGGAUUAUGUUGUGAUAUAUUAUCUUCGCCAUUGUGACAAAGAAGCAGGAACAGACAAGAGUGUGUUUCCACUACCAGAGCCUCAGGACUUCUUCCAGGCAUCCCAAGUUAAAUUUGAAGACCUAAUAAAAGACUUAAGAAAACUGAAGAAAGAUCUAGAAGUUUGUGAAAAACAGAUGAAAGUGGUUUUCAGAGACUCUCCUAAAGAACAUCUCCAGCCCUUCCAGGAUAAAUUGGAAGCUUUUUACCUGAAAGCUGUAGAAGAACACAAGACCGAAGAGAGCCAUUUGGAGAGUGUACAAAAGUGCUUUGAAGAAAUGGUGGGGUAUUUUGGGAUAAAGCCAAAAUCUGGUGAAAAGGAAACUACGCCAAACUACGUUUUCACGGUGUGGUAUGAGUUCUGCAGCGACUUUAAGACCAUUUGGAAACGAGAGAGCAAAAACAUUUCCAAAGAAAGACUCAAAAUGGCACAAGAAUCAGUGAGCAAGUUAACUGCUGAAAAGAAAGUGGAAACCAAGAGAAUCAACCCUACUGCCAGUCUGAAAGAAAGACUACGUCAGAAAGAAGCCAGUGUGACCACCAACUGAAAGAAGACACAUGAAAAUAAUGACAGUGUGAUUUAAUACCUUGCAUGAUGCUUCAUUCUGCCCAUUCCCUAGGGAGCACCUUAUUUUAGAUGUUAUGAAGUUCUGCUUUGCUCUUCUCUUCCUCAGACAAUCCACAAAAGACUUCUCAAUCCCUUGGUUUGUACAGAAGAGGGAAUACUAAGAAGUUUGUUUACAUGGGUAUUAUGAAGGGUUUUGUAAUAGCCCUUCCUUAUGUGGCUUAAACACAACUCUUUUCCUAAAUGUUCUUUGAAGUACUCUAUGCAAAAUGCACUGAUGUAGAAGAGAGAAAACCUUGUUUUUAUGCAGUUAAGUGAAUAGCUGCUUUCCAGCUCCAGUAGAAAUUUAUAUUGGCUUGCAUAAGCCUUUUGAACUCAAUGUUGGUAGACUACAGGGUUUUAUUGAGUCAAUAGCUGCUUAAAACACAUUUGAUGGCAUCCAAAGGAUUAACUUUACCAUCUCAAAAAUGGUGGAGGUUAAGUGUAUCAGGUGGCUUCUGUAUUUUAUUACAAGUAUUUUUAUAGGAAACUAGUCUAUGCCAUAAAAGUAGAAAUAAUAUUUUUGCACAUGUGAAGAGAGAAAUCACCUCAAAAUAUUUUAUCCUGCUUUUAAAUAAUUUAAACAUAAUAUAAGUUGUACAUCCAUUAAUGUUUGAGGUUUUGUUCCUAUUACCAUCUUCACUGAAAAUGAACACUUUCCAUACCAAGAGGAGGUCAAGCUAGCAAUGUUCAAGAAUGCUUUAUUUAUAAUCAUCUAGCUGCUGAUAUUUUAAAUCCAUUAUUUAUCCUUAAUCUAUGCCAAAGCCUAUAUUCUUUGAUAGUCAGCACUUUUGUAUAACUGAUCUUUAGAAAAUGUUUACAUCAUCUUGGUGUGUGUAUGUAUGUGUGUUAGAGAAAAUACAGACACACAAACACUUGUACAUAUGUUGCUCAUAUAGUUAGGUCUCAAUCCAUGGUGUGGUGGCAGAACCGAUGCUAUUGAACCUUCUUCUCCUCCUUGCCUUGCCCAUGCAGUACUUUGGCAUUGCACACACACACACACACACACACACACACACACACACAAUUUCUGGACCAUUUCCAAGCCUGCUGGUGCAGUGACAGGGAGAGCCUGCAGUGGAGAAGAGAGAUAACUCCCUUUCUGAUCUGACUUGAGAAUUGCUGCUUACAGAAGCAUGUACUUCGUUGGAUCCUGGCCCUUAGAUCCUGAAUAGGAAGAAAUACAGGAUUAAUCUCUCACUUGUUACUAUUACAACUCAUGUCCAAUGUCAUGUAGAAAAUCAGGUGUGUCAAGGUAUCUCCUCGAUAAGUUGUUGCUGGGAGAAGUUUAAGGGGUCACAGCAUAAGACCCUUAGUGCAGUGUCUGCAAUGAAACAUUGAGCAAAACAAAAUAGUGAAAAUUCUCAAAAUACUGAAUUAUCAAAGGUAAUUAAAUGUAAGCCAAAUGGUUGACUCAAGAACUAGAACAAGUGUUUACCAGGAAGGAAAGGCCAUGUUUCUAUGUCCUAGAGAAGGUACCAACAUUUUCUUGGAGAGAAAAUGAUAUCUAACAGCAGUCUGUUUUCUUCUUCGGUUCCUACGUCUACUGAAAGAUACCUCUUGUGUGUCUGGGUCGUCAUGAAUGCCCUAAUGCAGAUGUCUAUUCUCUUCAUUUAGAUUUGUUGUACAGAAUUAAAAACUGAAAGAAGUGUCCACAGAAUAGACAGGGUUUUGUUUUCUUUUUCUUUUUAUUGUUUUAGAAAGUACCCAAUGUCCAGAUAUAACACAAAUUACACUACAGUCAUUAGUUCUGAAGUUAGGAUAUAUUAAAUUGAGUAAGGAACAUAGAAGAAAAUAAUAAAUAGGACUAGUCAGAUGCAGUAAAAAACCAAAAGCCCUAUCUCAUGACAAAUGAAAGCCAAGACGGGGGCAGCAGAAAAGUGGUUUUCUCCUUGCCCCACCUCUUGCUGUCAUAGUACUUCCCUCUCCUUCCCAAGGGAAAUAGUCAUAAAAACAUGCAUUUUGCCAAAUGGAUUUUUCCAGCAUGACAAAAGACAUGCUUUUUUUUUACCAUCUCCCUCAGAAAGAGAAUGGAAAUGCUACAACAGCAGUCAGAGAGGCAAGGAGAAAGCCACUUUUCUGCUGCUCCAUGUUGGCUUUCUUUUGUCACACGAUAAGGCUCCAAGACAAGAUAGAUACAAACUUGGUGUUAGCAAGACUUCAAAUGUCUUGCUUUUAAAAAAGUAAUGUAGUUGUAAGAGCAAACUAUGUGAAAGACUUAAUAUGUCACUUCCUAUUUAUCUUAUCCCAGAAAAAUUAAAGGGAGAAAUCCUACGGUACCAUAUCUUAUACUUGGAAUUGAUGGGUUGUAGUUGUCAAUAUUCAGUUAAGCUAUUCUGAAUAUGAAGCAAUUGUAAAUAUUACAGUGCAGGAAAUUCUGAUGAAAAAUUUGAGGUAUUUCUAAUAAUAAUAAUAAUAAUA